UCUAACGGUUCAACGGCUGCACAUGCGCACUGCACAGAUCAUCAACCACCUGCCUCUUGGCGCGGUAUGCCUAUGUCGUUGGACUUGGACACGGCUGCAACGGCCAUUAUUUCAAUUUUGGGAUUUAUCGUUCUGCUGCUGCUUGGAACAUUGAUAUGGCUCAAACUAAUGACAGAAUGAAGAAGGCCUUGAAAGUGCCAGACUCGUUCUCGUGGAAGAAAUGAAGAAAAAACAACACAAUGGCUUGCUCAUGGCAAACUUGAUGGACCAGACAUUCUCACUACGCCGGCAAGAGAUCGUGAAAAAGGAGCCUGCUGUACAGGACAUAGUGGAACGGUGGCCAGCCCUGUUUACAGAGGGAGAGGUCUUUGCAGAGUUUAGCAGAAUUGCCACCAAACAUCUUGAAAGCAGUUUCUUUGAGUCUCUUGACAAGCACACUCCACGGAUCAUUGAACUCCUGCAGUCAAAAAAGGGAGCUGCUGGACUGAAGAUUCAAGAGUUAAUGGCCAACUUGUCAUCGGAUGUAACUGCAAGAUGCUCCGUGGUCCUCAAAGGCCUUCCCAUCGUCUUUGGUGAUGACCCAAACAAGUUCUAUAAGACAUGUUUUGAGACAACGAAAGAUGAGGCCAUAGACAAUGUCACAGUCGGUGUAUUGACCAUCCUAAGUGAAGACGAUCCUGAGCAGCCCGUGUCCACAGCCAUCGUCCUUGAGGGAGGUAUUGUGAUGGACAAAAUUCGGGACUUGCCACAGGCAUUUUGCCUCAUAUUUGGCCUCACAUAUGCCUUGAACCUCGAUUACCCAAAAUGUGUUGGAAACAAAUUCAAAUUCAUUCAAAGUGUAAUGCUUGGUUUGGGAAACAAAGCCCUCCCCCCAAAACUGUUAACAGUUAAAAACAUGUUGUUUGAUGAAUGAGGAGUCAGAUGUGAGGUAGCACUCAAGAACUGCUUAUGACAGAGACAUGAGAAGAGAUGCCUUAACUAAACAGUAUUUUGAACAUUUUAAGAGCUGCCUAGAUGCAGUUUAUUUGUUGAGUUGAUUUUCAAAUCUGUUCAGUGCUUUUAUGCUGGUGGUAUAUAUAGUGCCCUCUUGUGAAUUCAGGUGUUAAAAUGUUGUGUAAAGAGAAAUAUAUGUUGGAUAAUGUGGCAUACCGUUAAUGUUCUUAUGACAGAGAAGAGGCGUUUGAUGCUUUUAUAAACAGCAUUUUGAACUGUUUAAGAGUCAAGUGAAAAUAUAAUCAUCAUUUCAUUGUUCAAUUGAUACUCAGACCUGUUGAGUGCUUUUACAAUAAUGCCUUCUUGUGAAUUCUGAUGUUAAAAUGUUGAUUAAAAAGAAAUGUGAUAUGUUGGAUGAUCUAGCCAGCAAAUACCUGUAAUCCAGCAUAAAUUGUGCGUGUUAAGAUUCACAGUAAGUCUGCAUACUGUUAAUGUUUUUAUGACAGGAAGAGAGGUUUGCUUUUAGCAUUUUGAAAUGUUCAAGAGUGACGUGAAAACAUUUUCAUUUCAUUUCAAUUUUUUUUACAAUAGUGCCUUGUGAAUUCAGGUAUUAACGUGUUAAAAGAAAUGUGAUAUGUUGGAUAUUUGGAUACUGUGACCAGCACAUAAUCCAUCAAAAAUUGUGAGCACAAAAUCUGCAUACUGUUAAUUCUGUACACGUUUUAAAUAAAUUGAAUGCAGAUGACA